AUGGCGGCUAUCGACCAUGCUGCAUUUAGCGAUGAAAUGUCAGUAGAGAUCGCAGCCCCUCUUCCUCAAAGCUCUGGGCAGAAUGCUGUCAAGGAUAUCACUUUUGGCUCGAUCGCUGGUAUAGCCGGCAAGUACAUCGAAUACCCGUUUGAUACUGUCAAAGUCCGCCUGCAGUCCCAGCCUCACGGCGUUCCGCUCCGCUACGCAGGACCGUUAGACUGUUUCCGUCAGUCUAUUCAAUCCGAUGGCUUUCGCAGUCUCUAUCGAGGCAUCAGUGCCCCUCUUGCUGGUGCCGCUGUCGAAAAUAGCAGUCUUUUCUUCAGUUAUCGCAUAGCCAAAAACAUACUUCAGUCUACCUUUUAUACAUCGACAGAACCUCUCCCGUUUAGUGGUCUGUUGAUCAGCGGUGCCGCGUCCGGUGCAUUUACAUCUGUUCUUCUGACCCCUAUCGAACUGGUGAAGUGUAAAAUGCAGGUCCCUUGCAGAACAGCUACAGUCAAACCGGGUCCAUUGAAGAUUAUAGCUACUGUCAUUCGCCAUCAUGGCGUGUUUGGUCUCUGGCGGGGACAAAUGGGCACAUUGAUUCGGGAAAGCGGCGGCUCGGCAGCUUGGUUUGGCAGUUAUGAAGCCGUCUCUGCUGUUUUUCGAAAAUCGGCCCAUCUUGACUCUUCUUCGGAGUCGACCGCCCCUUUAGCAAUAUGGCAGCAAAUGCUUGCCGGUGCUGCUGCAGGGAUCAGCUAUAAUUUCAUAUUCUAUCCUGCCGAUACCAUCAAAUCCCGCAUGCAAACGGAAGAGAUUUCGGCGCUGUCCUCCGGAAACCGAUCCUUCUGGACAGUGGGAAAAACAGUCUGGCAACAUGAAGGAUUAAAAGGGCUGUAUCGUGGAUGCGGUAUCACUGUCGCACGGUCUGCCCCGAGUUCCGCAUUUAUCUUUUCGAUAUAUGAAGGACUGUCUCAUAGUGGUCCCCCACUUCUACUCCAUGACCACACCAAUGGACAACCUCUGUCGACACUUUUCAUCCUCCAUCUUCACUACAACCAGUCUUUACAGAAACAACAAAAUAAAAUGGCCGCCCACACACUCUCUGAAACAGAACUACAAACCAUCUCCCAAAAGGCCAUUCAAGCCAAAGAGAAAGCAUACUGCCCAUACUCGAAAUUCCGUGUAGGCGCGUGCAUCAUCACGACAACAGGCGAAUACAUUUUUGGCGCAAAUAUUGAAAACGCCUCGUACCCUGUAGGCAUCUGCGCGGAGAGAGUCGCGUUUGGGAAUGCUCUUAUGCAAGGCCAUAAAUCCUUCAAAGCAAUUGCCGUUGCGACGGAUAUCAAGCCUGGCGCGAGUCCGUGUGGGAUGUGUAGACAGUUCAUGAGGGAAUUCACACCCCCGAGCUUCCCGAUAUACAUGUACGACAAAGAUGGCGAGUAUAAGAUUGCGACUAUUGGAGACCUUUUGCCGGAUUCAUUUGGACCGGAUGAUUUAGCCUGAUUCUUGAAUAUCUAGUCCGAGAUUGAAUAAUCUAUAUGAUGAUUAUUAUGAUCUUGAUCGAAGCCAAGGAAGUUAGUCUUAUUUCUAGGUAUAGUACCGAAAUAUACAAGCAUCCGUAGUAUAAAAAUAUUCGAUGGAGAAUAUAAACGUUACGCUCC